UGUGGACAAUGAGUCAAAGACCCUCUUAGGUAUAUGCUGAGCCACGUCGGUUAAAAACUUGUCACAGAUUUCCAUCGGAAAGCCAGCUGUCUGCAGCUUAUUGUGCCAGUAACAGACCGACGGCUCACCCAAAUGGAUAUACCAACUUUGUCCACAAAACGACAAGCGCCAUCAGGAUUCCACGUGUCGAUCUUCCAAAGCAUUAUCACCAUCCUACUCCCGGAUCCGUCACCACGUGGCACAUAACACCAACCACGCCGUCUUUCUAAAGAUUUACGGGUCCCACAGUUAUCCACUUCCGAACACCUGUAUGCCAGCACGUGCCUCAGCGAUUGCGAAUAAAAAUCUAGAAUGACGAAACUGACCGCCAUCCGAUAGCGUGGGCAGCUCCAGAUCUACGGGCAAUUCGGUAGUCACAAAGCAGAUCAGUCAAAUUUGUACGCCAGCUGGCACUCGCGUGCCACCCGCGUCUGAACGACACGUGAAAGAUUUGACCGACUCAAUUGUCGCACGUGCGAGCGGUCAAGGAUUGGCUAACACCGUUAAAUGUCAGAUUUGCCGUCUCGUCUCCGGCAGACAUCAGAGUCGAGAGCCUUUUCUAGGUUUUUUGGAAUCGCCGACCUUCUAAGUUCUCUUAGAUCCAGAGAUUCUUUUGCUUGCAUCUUCCAGGGUUUUGAUUUCUUUCUUUCAGCUUUUAUUUUUUGGAACUUGAUUUUAUUAGGAAUCGAUUGUCUUGUCUUGCUCGGGAAAUUGAUGGUUCAGUUGAUGAGAUCUGGGAAUCUCCGGCCGGGACCAGAAACGACGCCUUGUCGGGAGUCGGCUCCGGUGAAAUUGGAGAUGGAGGACUCUUUGGAGGAAGAGCACGGCCCUUUCAACAAGCGAUCGAAGUUCUCUUCUACUCUUCAAGAGAGCACUGGAACUGAUGUGUCUCCAGCCCCCCCUUCGCAAUAUAAUCCACUGAGUGAGCCUAGUCCUUUAGGCUUGCGGCUAAGGAAGAGUCCGUCAUUGUUGGAUUUAAUUCAAAUGAGGUUGUGUCAAGAGAAUGCUUCUGCUAUUGGCGCUGGAUGGAACCAUAAUCUCGGAGAUAAUACGAAGGAUAUUAAGUCUGUAGUGCCCUCUAGUGAAAAGCUGAAGGCCUCCAAUUUUCCAGCUUCACUUUUAAGGAUUGGGUGUUGGGAGUAUGCAUCUAAACAUGAAGGUGAUUUGGUAGCAAAGUGUUAUUUUGCAAAGCAUAAGCUUGUUUGGGAAGUUCUCGAAGGUGGUCUCAAGAGUAAAAUUGAAAUUCAAUGGUCAGACAUUAUGGGUUUAAAAGCGAAUUGUCCUGAUAAUGGGCCUGGGACUUUGAAUGUCACGUUGGCUAGGCAGCCCCUUUUCUUCAGGGAGACCAAUCCACAACCCAGAAAGCACACCUUAUGGCAGGCAACUGCAGAUUUUACUAAUGGGCAGGCUAGCAUACACAGGGAACAUUUCUUGCAGUGCCCACAAGGUCACUUAAACAAGCAUUUUGAAAAGCUAAUUCAGUGUGAUAUGCGUCUGAACUUUCUGAGCCAACAGCCAGAUGUGGUUCUGGAUUCACAAUUUUUUGAACCACGGGUUUCUGUUUUUGGGGACCCCAGUGAUGUCACUACCCAUGGUUUUGAUGAACUGAAAACUAGUAAAGAAUCCACUCUCUCUACCUUCCAGGAUGCCGUGUCACCUUAUGCUGCUCAAUCAUCUUCCCCGAAGAUUGACCAAGAUGAUCCUACUGUUAAAGCACCAACACAUUUGUCCCAAGAUGCUUCUUCUCCCAGCUCAGUAGUAAUGGACACACGUGCAAUUGAAGGGAUUGGAAGCUUUGAAGCAGAUGUGGUGAAAGGGCCAAGGAAUUGGGAAAAAUUAAAGGUGCCAGGGCUUCAUCCAGCUAUUUCAAUGAGUGAUCUCAUGAAUCACAUUGGGCAACAAAUAACCUCUGGAAAUCCCUCUUUAGUAGAGGAAAGUUUGGAAUGCCGAAACAUGCUGGAGGACAUUGCACAACACCUGUUUAGCGAUACUCAAUUUACAGCAACUUCUGAUGAAAAAUCCUUGAUGUCUAGAGUCAAUUCUCUUUGUUGUCUCCUGCAGAAGGACCCUGCUACAGUGGUUGGUGGGGAAAGUUGCUUUGAAGGUCCUGACGAAGGAAACAAUGUCAGAGUUAAAUGUCCAGCGGAAUUAGUGGGAAAGAGCAACCUUAGAGAUUAUAUGACGGCACCAGAAGGGAAUUACAAGGAGAUCCCCAGUAGUAAACCAGCACCAGUGAUGUCAAGAAAAGACUCCUAUGGGGACCUAGUGCUUCAUCUUCCUCGCAUUGCAUCUCUCCCAAAGUUCUUGUUCAACAUUUCAGAAGAUGGUGAAAAUAAAGCUAGAUAGAGGAUCUCUUAUUUUAGCAUAUUUGUUCAGAUGACGAUCAGGACAAGUAGUAAAUCUCUCUGUGAUGGGAAAUUUUCUGGACAUAGGGAGGGAUGCUACUGGGAUUCGGAAAUUGAUUUUGAUGAAGAAUCCUUCUUUAUUGUUUCAUAAAUGAAACCGUGUUUAGUGUUCAUAUAGGAAGUCCGUGUAUCGUAUGUUGGUAUUGUGCUACAUUGUUGGUUAUCUUCCUCUGCUACCAUGAACAAAUGUCAGUUGUAUUUGUAGUUUGUAUCUAUCCCUUCCAAGUUAUGUAUAUAUGAUUAAUGUUCUUUUGGUGGUUUA